AUGGGGCUUCAGGACAUGGACGCUUGGGGAGCGACGCACUGGUAUCACCUGCACUGUUUUGACUGGAAGAAGUAUUCGUCAAGGUCAUUGAUCUUCGGCUACACGGAUCUGAAAGAAGAGGAUCAACGACGGAUAGACGACUUGAUCGCUAACAGGGAGACAUUCAAGCCUCCCAACGCCUGGCCAGGGCUACCUCAGGAGCUUCCUGGUCGACCUGGAGUGAUCAUUGAGAACGAGAGAGCCGAAGACAUUUGCUAUGGCAGUUGCGACGUGUUUGUUGUAGGAUGUCAAUAUUAUGGGGGAGAGCUGCUAGUUGGUCAAUAUGCCUUGUUGAAGAGAGAGCCAGACAAUCCUUACGAUCAAAAUGCCAUCCGAGUAGACAACAUGCUUGGGUUACAGGUUGGGCACAUCAAGAGAGUGUUUGCUGCUGGGCUUGCUCCAUUGAUGGAUGAUGCAAGUCCCUGGAAACCAAGUUUUGAAGUCAGUGUUCUCUCCAACCUAUUGUGCACUACCUUGCUCCAGCAUCAGCUUGAAGGAGUGGCAUGGAUGCACAUGAUGGAGACAACCGAAAAAUUAUUGCCUUUCUGGCGUGAGGUUGACAAGAAUGGAGCUAUGCAGUAUUUCGACGAAAUCACCAGUACCUUGUAUCCGAUGUCUCCUGGACCGUUACGUGGGGGAAUACUCGCUGAUGAUAUGGGUCUGGGCAAGACCUUGCAGAUAUUGUCCUUGAUCCUCAUGAAUCCAAGGACUAAACCAACCAAGGAAUCGAAACAGUUGGGAAAUGGCGGGACGCUGAUUGUUUGUCCAACGUCGGUGUUGAGCAACUGGGUCGACCAAGCUAAGCUUCAUACAACGAAAGGUUUGCUUUCUGUCGUCACAUACCAUGGAGGAGCCAGACAAGAGCUGUCAAGUUCUUUGAGGGAGCAUGACGUCGUUGUCACAACAUAUGGUACAUUAGCUUGCGAAUUUGAGGAAGCUUCUUCGAAUGGUCCGAUCUCCAAGAAGAAGAGGAAGCGAACAGGGGCAGAAAACUUGUUUUCUGUCAACUGGCAUCGGAUAGUUCUCGACGAAGCUCAUAUCAUUCGGAAUCGACAGACGAAAACAUUCAAAGCAUGUUGCCGGCUGGAGGGAACACAUCGUUGGGCUGUGACGGGCACACCAUUCCAGAACAAAGCAGAGGACAUUUCGGCGCUCUUCUCAUUCCUGAAAGCGAAACCUGUGGAUGAUUUCACAGUGUUCAAGCAAUCAGUAUCGAAUCCCCUCAAGUCGUCAGGGGCAGAAGGCAGUGCAAUGGCGCGACUUCGAGUGCUGCUGAAGGCCAUGUGCCUUCGUAGAAGCAAAUCUCUCUUGAUGAACUCUUUGCCCGAAAAAACUAUUGAAAUCUGCAGAAUUCGCCUGGAUAAAAAACAGCAAGAAGCAUACAGUGUGUUGCUGGAUUCUGCUCUGUUAUGCUUUGGACCGAUCAUGAAGUCCGGGGGGAAGGCGAUUACCAAGCAUUACACUAGUUUGUUUGAGUGCGUGCUUCGCCUUCGUCAGGUUUGCAACGCGCUCCAUCUUUUGCCCAAAGAGAGAUUAGAGAAUGCGAAAAAGGCCCUGCAGUCACUGAACAAAGUGGAAUUGAAUGUCGAAGAAGCAGAAGCUCUUCUCAAGAAGCUACAAGGAGCUAUCAACGUUGGUGAGAACGAAGAUGAAGCGUUGACUUUCGAAUGCUGCAUCUGUCUGGAUGACUUGGAUGCUUCCCUCGCUCAGAUCAUCCGGCAAUGCGGGCAUUGCUUCUGUAGCCUGUGUCUGCAGAAACUCUUGGCUAGCGUGCAAGGCUCAGAGUGCCGAUGUCCUCUCUGUCGCUCUCCUUUCACCAGAGGGGAUUUUAUCGGGGCAACGGAGCUCAACAACAUCGUCACCAUGACGGAUAACAUCCAAGGGGCCUGUGAAAGCGCGUCCUCUGCGGAUCAGGUUUCGCCCAAGGUUCAAGUUGUGUUACAGGAGUUGAACAAGGAGUGGGAAGCAGAUCCCUCCCAGAAGGCUGUGAUAUUCUCUCAAUUUACUGGAAUGCUGUCGCACGCCCAGGAGGUUCUUGCUCAAAAUGGUAUCCAGUGUCUUCGAAUAGACGGGUCGCUAUCCCUGGACAAGCGAACUGAAGUCCUUCGACAGUUCGACCGUGACGAUGCUCGUCGAGUCCUCUUGGUUUCUCUCAAGGCUGGAGGGACGGGAAUCAAUCUCGUGAGAGCAAAUCUCGUCUUCAUGCUUGAUCAGUGGUGGAACUAUGGAGUGGAGGAGCAAGCGAUGGACAGAGUUCACCGCAUCGGACAAACGAGGAGAACGCGGAUUGUGCGCAUGGUAUGUCAAGAUACCGUUGAGGAGAAGAUUUUGCAGCUUCAGGAGAGCAAACAGCUGCUCGGCAAGGGGGUGACGGCACAGCUCAGUGCUGAAGAAGCGCAGAAAGCCAGGAUUGCUGACCUUAGAACGCUGCUGUUUGGCUGCGGAAAUGAUAUUCCUUGA